UUUCUCACCGACCUCUAAAAAAAAUCUUACUGACAAGCCACUCCGUCACUCCACUCCCCUCACUCUGCUCACCCCAUUCUCAUCCGCUUCCAUGGCCUCGCCCAGCCGCCACGGAGGCUGCUUCAAUCUCUCAUGACGCCUCGCUCCACAUGCCCUUCCUUCCUUCCCUCCUCACUUCUCACCUUCACCGGUGCCGGUGGAUCUCACCACGCACGUUCCCGGCUGUGCCAGAGUGGACACUUUAGCACUCGCUCCGCGGCUAUAUUGAGGAGAUCAAAUUGAUGUAUCGAGGGGGCAGGAGGUGGAGGACGGCACGCGGUGGCGGGGAUGGAUGGGCCGGCGAUUGUGACGCUGCUGGGGAUCCGGCGCCAACAGGCCGCGUCGCGGCUCGACGUUCCUGAUGGCUGCCCACGGCACACAGGUCGCCACGCCCCCGUCGGGCUCCUAGACUGCCACAACGUCGGAAUGGCCCCGCCUCCCAGCAACUGCUGUAAUUUGGACAGGAGCAAGUGCGCGGUGAGAUGCACAGGGAUGCCUGCAUCGGCAUGGCUAGCAGGAGGCCAUGCUCAGGAGGGACCAGAGGUCUGCGCCACGACGCUGGUAGAAUCUUCACCAAGGAUUUCGGAGGCGAUGCAGCAGUGGUGAAGGCGAUGGUUGUGCCGGGUGCAGGCAGGUGCAGACGGGUACAUUCCUUGACAGUCAAUUUCUUUCGUCCCAUCCGACUAUCAUGCAGUCCGUCAGGCUGGGAGUGAUGUACUUUCCUUUUCUUUUUUCUCCUUUUUCUGUUUAGAAUGCCCCUUUUUCUGUUGAUGAGGUCCUGUUACGGUCAGAUGUCGCGGUCUCUGAUAGUUCAUGUGGAACAAUCUUUACUGAAAUGAGUAGAAAGACAAUUAAAACCAGUGAAGAGUAUCUCCAGACAUUAGACAUUAAGAAUUGCCCUUUUGGUUG